UGAUAACUUUCCAUUAUAUAAAUUUCAUUUGAGUCCAUGUUGGUAUGAAUCAAAAGAUUUAUCUAUACAACGUUUAGCUAAUCGUAUACCUACUCAUCCAUUACUGGGUAUUCGUCAAUUAAAUGAUCAAACAAGUGCAACAUGGAAAAGUCUUAUUAAUAUUAAUUUAUCACAACAUGCUUUUUUAAAAGAUCAUAAAAUUCAAGAUGCAAUUCUUUUUCCAGCAGUUGUUUAUCUUGAACUUGCAACAGCUGCUUGUCAACAAUUAAUUUCAACAAAAGAAGAUGAUCAACAACAACCAACAAUUAUUUUUGAAGAUAUUAAUUUUACUAAAGCACUUAUUCUUAAUGAACAUGAAUUAACAGAAGUAUUUACACAAGUAAUUAUGCCAAUGCGUGAAUGGUAUAUUUAUAGUCGACCAUGGUCAACAGCUGGUCCAGAUUGUAUGCGACCAUCAGGUAUGACUUGUACUGAUGUUGUUGAAUCUUUUCGUGAUCAAGAUAAUCUUAAUAAAUAUUCAUUAAAUGAAUUUACUUUACAUGCUCGAGGUAAAAUUGAAAUAGAUUUUAAAGAACAGAAAUCAUUAACAAUACCUCCUCUUAAUACAAUUAAUGAUACAUGGUCAACACAAGAUAUAGCAAGUGCUUAUGCACAUCUUUCAACACGAGGUUAUCAAUAUGGAUCUAGUUUUCAAAAAAUAAAAACAUUACGUGGUACUUCAACCACAGUUAUAUCUGAAUUAUCAAAUAAUGACGAUACGGAUUGUUCAUCUUUUUAUUUACUUCAUCCAUCUGUAAUGGAUUCUUCUUUUCAUCCAUUUCUAGUUUUAUUACCAGGUAUUGAAACAACAUUUCUUCCAGUACGUAUUCAAAAAUUUAUUUAUUCAAGUAAAACAAAAACAAAAAUGAAUCAAUCAACAAAUAUUGAAGCACGUGGAAUCUAUCAUGAUAAUAUAUGUGGUAUAGGUCAAGAAGGAACAUAUAGUCUUGAUCUAUGGAUAUUUCCAAUGAAUAAUAAAAUAGAAGAACCAAUAUUUACAUUUGAAAGUAUUGUUAUUCAACAAGUUCAAGGUGUACAG